AUGGGACCUAGCGCCAACUGGCCAGCGCCAGCACCCCCUCCCCAAGUGCCGCGAAGGUUGGCUGGCCGUUUCGAGCCCCCGUUCGGCCCCGCCGGCAAGCCACUGAGCGAACUGGCGAGUAUCCAAAGUCGCCAUAUUGGCUCCCCUGUCGAGGGGCUCUCUCUCCUGACUACCUGGGCGGAGGGGGCCUCUGCCUGA